UUUCACUGGUUUUACAGACAGACCAAGGCUGCUGCAUAGAGCCAGCCUGUGGUAAAUUUCUUGAUCCUCCCAAAUUACGCAUUUUAACUUUGAACUUUCGGUGAGUAUUUUUACACAAGCUUUUUGUUUUUAUUUUUAAUUUUUUUCAGCUUGUCUUCUGUGAGUAUUUUUCCUUGCAUUUUUGUGAAGAAUUGUAAGACCGUCGUAACUAGCCUAAGCAAGUAGGAAUGUCUUUGUUCUAGGCAGUGUAAGUCUCGGGGCCGAGUGCAGGUCUCUGAGAGUGUGCUGCUGGGAAUUGUAGUUUUGGCUGAAAGCACUCAAGACCCCAGCCUGCAUACACUGGCCCCCUCGCUCAGUGACAGAACAGACAGACGACUGCCUGCAGAGACGCCAUGGAUCGUUCCCCCAGUGCCAGCCUUGCUAUGGCCAGCAACGUGACCAACAAGACAGACCCACGCUCACUCAACUCGCGCGUCUUCAUCGGCAACCUCAACACCAUGCUGGUAACCAAAGCCGAUGUGGAGGCCAUCUUCAGCAAGUACGGCAAGAUCGUGGGCUGCUCUGUGCACAAGGGUUACGCCUUUGUGCAGUACUCGAAUGAGCGGAAUGCACGUGCUGCCGUGGCUGGCGAGGAUGGUCGCAUGAUCGUGGGACAGGUGCUAGACAUUAACUUGGCAGGUGAACCCAAACCUCACAGGUCGAAGACGACAAAGCGCCCUGCAGGUGAUAUGUACAGCAGUUCCACCUUUGAGCUUGACUAUGACUUCCAGCGGGACUACUAUGACAGGAUUUACACAUAUCCGUCCCGCGUGCCACCUCCCCCACCACCGCCCCUCUCACGGGCCAUCAUCCCAUCCAAGCGUGCACGGGUGAGCCUGAGCGGAGGAGGCAGUCGCCGCACCAAGUCCAGCUUCUCUUCCUCGUCCUCCAAAGGCAGCCAGCGCUCCUCAUCACGGGCCAUCAAAGCAGAUGAUCUCCAGACCAUCAAGAGGGAGUUGGCUCAGAUCAAGCACAAAGUGGACUACCUUCUGGAAAGUCUAGACCGCAUGGAGAAGGAUCACACUAAGAAGUCAGAAGUAAAGGUAAUGAAGGCAGAGGUAGGUGAGGCCUCAUCCCAGCAGCACUCCAGCAUCAAGAAGGAGCGUGAGAGGGAAGAACAAGAGAUUAACGACUCGGAAGAGGAUGGAGAUCUUCUGGAAGAGGAGGAGGUGAAGAGCCAUGGAGGAGAGAAUGAGGAAGAAGAAGGUGAAGAGGAGGAAGAGGGAGAGCAUGAGGAAGGGGAGGACGAUGGAGACAGCGUCAAUGGGGACGAUCCAUAGACUUAGGACACAAACCUACCUUCCCCAGCACACACGCAAACACAAAUAUCCAGAGCAAAUUGUUUUUUCUUUUGAAGUCAGAAACCUUUUAAAAUGG